GCAUCUGCAGGAAUUUGUUCCUGUCAAUCAGUGAUCAGUUUCUCCUUCUUUUCAAUUCAUUUUCCCUUGACUUUAGAUUCAGACAGAAAUGAGAAUCAAGGAGGAAGAGGAGAGGAAAGAACAGAAGUUGAAAGAAGAAAAGGAAAAGGAAUUGCAGAAGUCAGCUGGAAAAGACUCCAAAAAAAAGGGAGGGAAGUCAGCAGAUAAGAAAAAAGGCCGCCAAUCUCUAACCCCCUCGGUGCCACCCCCUGUGAUUGAGAAUCCAGAGGUGGCCAGGAAGCAAGAACUGAGAGAGCAUAUAUACACAGAGUAUCUGGGAGCACUGGAGGAUGAGGCACAAGCUGUCAGGCUGCGACUGGAGCGGAUCAAACUGAAGGCCAUGGCUGUGGUCCAGGAGCUGAAAUCCAAAGCAGCAGAAAUCUUCACCAUCAUGGAGGAUCAGCUCGGGGCCCGGUUCCUGCAGGAAAUGGAAAGCAUCAACACUCAGAGGGAUCUAGGUGGACAGGUGAAUGUGGCAACACGAGUGCACAAGGUGGUCACGAGACAUAUGGCAUGCUGGCCUUCAUUAGUUAGGACAUCUCAAAAUCUCAGUGCUUGA